UGAAGAAGAAGCACUUGUGUUGUCAUAAAUUUAUUUUUUAUUAUUUUUUCUUCUUUGAUAAGUGCAUUCCGGGUGCAUUUAUUUUUAUUGUGCUUUACCACCGUGUUUAUGAUUCAAUCACCAUGGUGCGAGUGUUAUUUUUACAUCCCGACUUGGGAAUAGGUGGAGCCGAGCGUCUGGUGGUUGACGCUGCAUUAGCUUUAAAAGGAUGUGGUCAUGAAGUCAGUUUUUUAACGAAUCAUCAUGAUCCUAAUCAUUGCUUUGAAGAGACCAGAGAUGGUACGUUGAAAGUGAAAGUUGUUGGCGAUUGGUUGCCCAGAAAGAUAUUUGGUCGUUUUUAUGCCUUCUGUGCCUAUUUUCGAAUGUUGUAUGCUGCCUUCUUUGCUUCGUUCUUCCUGUCGCGUCAUGAACAAUUGGAUGUUAUAUUUUGUGAUCAAAUCUCCAUAGGCAUACCCAUAUUAAAGUUGGCUAAAUGUAGACCAAAAAUCUUAUUUUAUUGCCAUUUUCCCGAUCAAUUGUUGAGCACUGAGGGUGGUUAUCUUAAGUCUUUAUACCGAGCGCCCAUAAACUACUUGGAGGAGAUAACAAUAGGUAUGGCCGAUGGCACCUUGGUAAAUUCUAAGUUUACCUUAAGGGUUUUCCAUGAGACAUUUAGACGUUUGAAGACAGUACCGGAAGUGUUGUAUCCUUCAAUUAACACCAAAUAUUUCGAUGAUAUGCAUGUCAAGCAUGCCGCAAGCAAAGAAGACACGUAUGCUUUACAGGGCGUGGAUUUUCCACGUAAUGCUUUUAUUUUUCUUGAUAUUAAUCGAUAUGAACGUAAGAAAAAUCAUCCUUUAGCUGUUAAAGCUUUCUGCCAACUGGAAAAGAUAUUAAACCCAAAUGAUUGGAAACGCUGCCGCCUAGUAAUAGCUGGAGGCUACGAUAAGCGGGUAGUAGAAAAUGUAGAACAUUAUAAUGAGUUGGAAGGCUUAAUUGAGGAGAUGAACAUAAAUGAGACAGUAAAAAUGCUACAAUCCCCCUCGGACGAACAGAAGUUUAUGCUGCUAGAGAAAGCAAAUUGCCUUCUCUACACACCAGCUAACGAACAUUUUGGUAUUGUGCCUUUGGAAGGCAUGUACAUGUCAAAACCAGUUAUUGCUCUUAAUUCUGGAGGACCAACUGAAACCAUAGUAAACAAUUUGACUGGUUAUCUAUGCGAACCAGGAGUUGAAAACUUUGCUACCGCUAUGGGUAAAAUAUUUAAAGAUGAUGCUUUGCGCGAACGUAUGGGUGUUAUGGGUCACAAACGUGUUCAGCAGAAAUUCUCUUUUGAAGCAUUUACACAAAAAUUGGACACUAUAGUAAAGGAUAUUAUAAGUAAAACACAAAAUCGUGGCACAACUAGUACCCCAAAGAAAGAGGAAUAAUAUAGAAAUACUACUCCUGAAGAUUUAAAAUGAAGUAAAAAGUUAAAAAGUUGGUAAAUUCACAAAAGUUGUUGUGAUAGCGUAUAAAUUCCAUUGUUGUAAUUUUUUUAAUAUAAUAAGAAUUUUCAAUGAAUAAUAACAAAGAUUAAUACUAAUAAAAUGUUUAUUAUGAAUUAAGUUGACUUCAAAGUCAAAUAACUUCUUAUAUUAAUAAAAGAUUAUUGUUUGUUCGUGUUCGAUAAACUCAA